UGUUAUCUGUCUAGUUUACUAUCAAGUUGACAGCCACAUAACCUAUUUGUGUCCGAUUAAAUUAUUGUUUCGUAUCACCACAUAGUAAGAUUAGUAACUUUUAUUUGCGUAUUAUUUUUAUUACACACUUAAGAAUACGUACGAAGACAAAUCACCUAUGAAAUAUAUACAACAAUGUCCAAAAAUGCAAAAUCAGGGUUUGUUAUUAAACUUUCUACUGAAACGGUUCAGAAAUUGACCGAAGAAGAAGAACUAGCAAAGAAACAAGCUGAAGAUCAGCAUCUUCAGGAAGUUCAGGCCACUGGCAGUAACUUAGAAGAAAAGGAUUUAAAAGAUAAUGAUGACAAAGUGUCACGUUCUAGCGAAGAACUUUCAACGACGAACAAUCGAGAUGUUUCACCGUCACCUGGUGCUAAGAAUUCCGAAAGUGCGUCAAAAGUUGUGUUGAUGGGAAAAGAAGAUACUGAACCUUCAGUUCAUAAGGAUAACAUAGAACAUAAAGAGGGUUCAAAAACUGACUCCAGUGACAACUCAACCUGGGGUGAUUAUGCCCCGUACAUAACAUACGAAGGGGAAGAGGCGAUUUACACUGACCCCACCACACAAGUAAACUACACAUGGGACCUCAAAACUAAUUCUUGGACACCAAAACCGGGCUCUGAAGUACCUGGCAGGAUUUACAGUUAUGAAAAUGAUACACACAUUUAUACUGAUGCGGAUGGUUCCAAGUCUUUUUGGGACGAGGAAAAGAAAGCUUGGUUACCCAAGGUUGACGAUGAUUUCCUAGCCCACUACCAAAUGUCCUAUGGUUUCAUUGAUAAUACCUCCAAAGAGGAUGAGGAAAGUAAAAAGAAAGAAAAGGAAAAAGAAAAGUUACCUAAAGAACAAACUAGUGGUGUUAAAAGAAAAAAUGAUCCUCAAUGGUUUGAUGCUACUGAUGAGACUAACACAAAGGUGUAUGUCUCAAAUCUGCCUUUAGACUUAACUGAAGAAGAAUUUGUAAAUUUCAUGCAAAAAUGUGGGCUUGUUGAGAGAGACCCACAGAGCCAAAAAAUGAAGGUUAAACUUUACAUGGAUAAAGAACAAAAUUGCUUUAAGGGUGAUGCACUGUGUACUUACAUAAAGAUAGAAUCAGUUGAUUUAGCACUUAAGUUACUUGAUGGGAGUGAUUUCAAAGGAAACACAGUUAAAGUGGAAAGAGCACACUUCCAGCUUAAAGGAGAGUACAACCCAGCAUUAAAGCCUAAAAAGAAAAAGAAAAAAGAGCUUGAGAAACUAAAGAAAAUGCAGCAGAAACUAUUUGACUGGCGUCCAGAGAAGUUCGUUGGGGAGAGAUCUAAACAUGAGCGUAUUGUUAUAAUUAAGAAUCUAUUUCAUCCUUCCGACUUUGACAAGGAUGUUCAAUUAAUAUUGGAUUAUCAGCAGGACCUACGUGAAGAGGCUACUAAGUGUGGUGAGGUCCGUAAAGUGGUCAUCUAUGACCGUCAUCCAGAAGGAGUAGCACAGAUCACAAUGAAAGAGCCAGAACAAGCUGAUGCAGUUGUUGCUUUAGUCAACGGCAGGUGGUUUGGUAAAAGGCAAAUCACAGCUGAAAUAUGGGAUGGUAGAACUAAGUAUAGGAUUGCAGAAACUGAUGCUGAUUUGAGUAAAAGAGUUGACAAGUGGGACAAAUUUUUGGAAGGUAAAGAAGAGCCUGAAACAAGCAAGUUGUCAGUGAAAACAGACAACGAAACUGGAGUGACCUCAGAACAACCAGAAAAAGCUGCUGUUGAACUUCCAAAGCCCCCAGAAGCAUAAAUUAAUAAUGUUACUUUAAGUAUUAAUGUGAAAUAAUAAAAUUGCAUUUAAAUAAACGGAUCAUUUUAUUUCUU